CAGCUCGUGCUGCUACGGCACGGCCAGAGCGAAUGGAACGCGUCGAAGCGCUUCACGGGCUGGGUCGACGUCGAUCUGAGCGAGCAGGGCCGGAGUGAGGCCAUCCACGCGGGCAUCAUGCUCAAGCGCCACGGCUUCGAGUUCGACGAGGCGCACACGUCGCUGCUGAAGCGCGCGACGCGGACGCUCUGGUCCGUCAUGCACUCGUGCGACCAGCACUGGAUCGUCGUCAAGCGGAGCUGGCGCCUCAACGAGCGCCACUACGGCGCGUUGACGGGCAUGUCGAAGGCGGAGGUCGAGGCCCAGAUGGGCACGGAGCUGCUGCAGAAGUUCCGCCGAGGCUACGACAAGGUGCCCAUCGAGAUGCGUCCGGACCACCCGUUCUGGACGGGCCGCGACCGGCGCUACCACGACCUCGGCGACGUCCACCCGCGGGGCGAGUCGCUGCGCAUGUGCCAGAGCCGGGUUUUGCCCUACUGGGUCGACCGCAUCGCGCCGUCGAUCCGCCGGGGGAAGCGCGUGCUCGUGUGCGCGCACAACAACGUGCUCCGGGUCCUCGUGCAGCACCUGGACUCCAUCCCGCCGGACCAGAUCCGCGAGAUCGAGAUCCCCACGGGGAUCCCCCUCGUCUACCGCCUCGACGACGAGCUCCGGCCCGUGGGCCCGCGCGACGCGGUCGGC